AUGUCAGAUCACUCAUUUUCAACAUCCCUCUGGGGCAUAUCCAGUGUGCAAACUUUUGGAAUGGCCACUACUCUAGCUCUGCUCGUUGUUUUGACGGUCAUUCCUAAGCUGGCCCUACGGACAUACCGCAUACACAUGCAUCCCCUGAAAUCUUUCAAGGGUCUCCCAGAGGCAUGCGUUUCGGAGGACUGGCUAUAUAAGGUCACGAAGAGCGGCGCUGCUGAACAAACAUUUGAAGCUCUUCAUCAAAAGUACAACACGAAGGCCCUCCGCAUCGGACCAAACGAGCUUCAUAUUACCGAUAUUGAGCUGUACAAAGUGAUCUACAAUCAGUCCAAGCCAUUCCUCAAGCACGGCCCAUUCUAUAACGGAUUCAACAUACCCCACGCUGUGUUUGCGGAACUUGAUCCUGACCUGCAUACAGAGCGUCGACGCAUGCUAAGCCCUUUGUUCUCAAAGGCCGGAGUUUACAAGUUAGAACCCCUAAUCCAUGAGAAGAUAUACAGACUGUCAUCCAAGAUCAAUCGCCUCUGUGGCUCUAAGGAGAUUGAUAUGUAUAAUGCAGUUCGCCUCCUGACGACAGAGAUUAUCACAGAAUUUGCCUUCGCCAAAUCACCAGACCUCAUUGAGGAGAAGAGUGAUGAAAUGGAUUCAUGGUUCCUUGAUGCUUUCGACAUUGGCUCCCAGAGUGUGGUCGAUUUACAGUACAGGGCACUUCUUCGAAAACUCGUCAUGGAAGUACUUCCCGUUGGUAUUAGCAAACUUCUGAACCCCAAGCUUGCCAAUAUUAUUAAUCUGCAAAAGUAUGCGGGAGAUUGUAUUAGGAAUUGGCGGAAGUCGUCGGAGAGCUCUUCUCAUCCUGUUAUCUUCGACAGCCUUCACUCAAUUUCAGACUACGCUAAAGUUUCUGAGGCUAUGGAUAUUCUUAUCGCCGGUGCUGAUACAACGGCAUCUACCUUGACAACUGGGUUUUAUCACAUUCUCUCCAAUCCAAAGUUGAAGGAACGCCUUGUGCGGGCAGUCGACAAGGCCAUACCAGAGCCCGGAUCACUAACGUCACUCCAAUCUUUGCAGAAAGUGGAAUACUUGACGGCAUGUGUGAAAGAAUCAAUCAGGGUUGGUGUAGCUGUACCUGGGCGUCUCCCUCGUGUCGUCCCCAAUGGAGAUCCUUUUGUUGUUGAAGGAAAGGUGGUCCCCCCAGGUACAAUCGUUGGAAUGUCAGCGUACACCAUGAAUAAUUCUGUCGAUGCAUGGGGAUCAGAUGCCCAUGAGUUCAACCCUGAUCGUUGGAUCGGGCCCUCGUCCAAGGAUUUGGAACAGUGGCUAUGCACAUUUUCCAAAGGUGCAAGAAUGUGCUUAGGGCAAACUGUUGCGCCAGUUGAGAUGACCCUCGCAUUUGCUUACUUGUUCCGCAAUUACGAGCUGAGCCUUCCCAACGGACAUGUGGCACCGAAAGGGUUUGAUCGCUUUACCUUACAGUACGAAAAGCCGGGAUUGCCUGUUGUUUUCAAACCUCGUCGAUGA